AUUGAGUAUAAAAGGUUGGAUCAGCACUGUAGAUGUCAGUAGUAGCAUUUCCAACUUCAAACAGUUCAGCAAGUUGAAAAAACCAAAUCCAAUAAGCAACAUGAAGUUCGUCAUUGCAGUAGUCUUGUUAGCUUUGGCUUUAGGCGCCCAAUCAUCAGUGCUGCCACUUUCACUAGCCGUUGGCCCAUCUGCGCUCGCUCUAUCACCUGCCGUAGCUAUUGGUGCCCCCGUUGGACCAUUGCAAGUUGUAUCAGGUCCAUUGGCAGCCGGUGCCCUUGCACCAGCAGCAGUUGCUGUUGCCGCUCCAGUUGCAGUUGCGGCGCCAGCCACAUACGUUGCCAAGACUCGCGGUGCCGUACACGUUGCUCCUUUGGAAGGACACAUUAGCUCAGCUGCAUCAGUGAACUUGGCUCCAGCACCAGGCACUUUGUAAAUAAUCUCCUUAUUAAAGUGAUACUACUUUUUUCUUGUACCAAAACGCACUGUUGACGAAUAUCUGCCUGUCCCCAAUAUCAAAGAGAAUGAUUUUAUGUGAACACUAUAAUCACUCAAUAGUUAAUCAAAAAGUUGCAACGCCCAAAAAAAUGUAAAAAAAUUAUUGUUUUAUUUUUUUUUUAAUUAUUUUUCGUUUUGUUAAUUAAUGAUUUUCGGUUUGACACAAUCACUAGCAUUUUAUUACCUUCUUAUCUUUAUCAUGUGAUAUUUUUAUUUUGUUGAUUUCUAAGUCACUUAUAUUAAUUACAUAACUGCCAUACUAUAUCCGUUUAAGCAUCUUAUAUCUUAUCCUCUUUUUAUCCUUUACGUUGUAAGCAUAUAUAAAUAUCCCCAAAAGAUAAAAGAAAAUUUCAUUAUCCUUUUGUUGCCAACUGAAAUUAUUACGAAAAUAUA